AUGCUUGUGUCAAUCAUUCUGACUUCUGAAAUGUUGCUCGUUAAGCAAGGAACCUGUCGCUAUUCUUGCCCUCAUAAAGCAAUAGAAUUUGUGGUGAGGAAGCAGAAACCGAAAGUUGUGCUUGAAGAGGCUCAACAGCGAAAGAGCUUGGAUGAGCAUGAACAUACACUUUUCAUACAUCGUCAUCCAGAUGCUCACGGAAGGCUUGCAUCAUGGAUCCAGUUGAAUGCACGUUCGUAUUUGCCAAUCCGUCAUCCACAAACUACCCUCGACGUACACGUCAGUGCGGGCCUUUAUCAAAUCGUCGAUUUGGUGAGAGAAGGUUUUCUUUGAGG